CCUCUAACAUGUCACAAUUUCUGGUAGAUUAACCCAGAUAUGGGGAGCAUCAUCAGGUGUUGAAGUACCACUCACGCUCUCUUAACCCUUGUCUUCGAGGCAUCCACCUGCAGGAACAAGCACCUGCUGACUGAAAAAAAGUUCAGAAACUUGUGCAACCAACUCAGGAACAACACAUAUUUCAACAUGUUUUCUUCCAUUUGAUCGAUUAUUUUACCAACGCCUUGUGCCUUUAAAAUGCAUAGUGUUCGAGACUCCACCAACAUACUAUUCUCUUCAUCUUCAACAUUGCCAAUGUAUUUAUUGAUGACGUCUCUGCUGGUGAUGGGCCUGGAGGCUGCGGCCACCGCAGGGACCACGCCGGGCUGCGCGUCCUGCCGCAUGCCGCUAAUGGAGAAGGAUGCGGAGCAGAGGCUCCUGGUUGAAAUCGCCAAGCAGCAGAUCUUGAACAACCUGCACCUGAAAGAGAGACCAAAUAUCACAUCGACGGUGCCCCGCGCUGCACUUCUCACCGCGCUCCGCAAACUGCACGCGGGACGUGUCAGAUCGGACGGCACCUUUGAACUUGAAAACAAAAUCAAGGAAACCAAAGAUCCGGGAUAUGAAAUAGUGAGCUUCGCAGAAAUAGAUGAGAUGAACACUACUACUGGAGCCCAGCCGGGCCUCACCUUCCAGUUCCUGCAGGAGAGAGAACACAGCAUCCAGGUGCUUCAGUCUGCCCUGUGGCUGUAUGUCCACUCCUCCGACACCCCUAACCGGGGUCCCCGCCCCACCGCCACAGCCCACAUCUACCUGUCUAGCCCUGGGGAAGGCAGAUCCAACCACACCCUCCUCUUGGAGAAGAUCUUGGAUGUGCAGAAGAGCAACUGGCAUACCUUCCCCAUCACCCACACCCUACAGGCGUUCAUGGACGGGAGCAAGCGGCUGCUACAGCUUGAGGUCAUCUGUAAGGAGGCUGGGUUUGAGCCGGGCCAAGGCCAGAACCUGUGUGAGCUGGGUAAGACCAUGGACAUGGCUCAUCAGCCAUUUGUGGUGGCCCAGGUGCGGCUCCGUGACAACUCCAGGCACAUCCUCCAGAAGAGGUCUCUGCGCUGCGGGGACAACGUCAGCGUUUGCUGCAAGAAGGACUUCUAUGUCAAGUUCAAGGAUAUCCAGUGGCAGGACUGGAUCAUAGCACCUGAGGGGUACCAUAUGAAUCACUGUAUGGGUCAGUGUCCCCAGGCCCUGGCCGGGUCUCCGGGCAUCGCGUCUUCUUUCCACGCCACAGUAUUCAGUCAGCUCAAAGCCAACGGCAUCAAUUCAGCGGUGUCUUCUUGCUGCGUGCCCAUCCAGCGUAGGCCUCUGUCUAUGGUCUACUUCAACUCACAGCACAGCAUCGUCAAGACCGACGUCCCUGAUAUGAUCGUAGAGUCCUGCGGCUGUACGUAAACACAUAAAAGAGAAAGACCAGACAUUCAGCUUAUGAUGCUUUUAGUCUGAGAAGACUAGAUUGGAUUUGUUACACACACACACACACACACACACACACACACACACACACACACACACUUUAAGGUAUUCUGUCUCUAUCAAUUUGAUAGAUGGUUUUUGCACAGAAAGUGAGAAUGAGGCUUCAAUGUCUUGUAACUAGCAGACCUGGUUCAAAUACUAUAUAGGGUAUUUCAAAUACUUUCAAAGACAUUUAGAAGUAAGUAUUUCAAUAUAUAUAAUUAAAAAAAAAAAUGUUUUAAGAUGUAGUUGAAUAUUGUAAUAUAUUUGGAAAUACACUUGGAAAG